UAAAAUUUUUUUUUUAAUUUAUUAAUAACAAUAAUAUAUUUAUAUCAAUUUAUCCAACUAAACAAUUAUAUUUUUUGUUUAUUUUUUGCAAUAUUGUUUAUUUUUUUAAUUGUUGAGUGCUAACAAUAAUAAUAAUAAUUUUAAAUAUAUAAUUAAAUCAUUGUUAUUUAUAUAAAAAAAAUAAAUUAAUAAAUAAAUUAUAACCAUAUUUAAAGAUAUAAUUUUAUUGGAUAAUAUUAGUCACUAGUUGGUUGUUGAAGUUUUUUAUAAUGAACAUACCAUAUUUAGUUGUACAAGUUAGUUAAAACAAUGCCGAUUGUUUUAAAAAUAAUAAAUAAUAAUUAAUUUAAAUGAAUAGUUUAAAGAAAAAUUAAUUUAAAAAAGUGUGAUAUUUUAUUUUUUCCUUGACAAGUCUUGUUUAGAUUAAAAAAUAAACAACAAUGUAUAAUAAUGAUGAUCAUGAUAAUCCAAUUGACUCUGAUGACAAUAAUGACGACCAUGGUUUAUCACAUGAUUCUGAAUAUGAUGAUGAACUUGGUGUACCAGAUUCACUAGAUGUAACUGUACUUCCUGAUGAAGGACUAAUAAAUCUUCCAAAUUCAAGUGAAAAAAAUAUUCAACAACAAAAACAACAAGAAGAAAAAAUAAAAAAUAUAAAAAAAGGAAAUUCAUUUGAUGCUGUACAUAUACCACCACUUAAAUUUAAAAAUCAAAAUCGUAAUGUAUUUAUACAGGGUGAAGAUAUUAUUGUUAAAAUAAUAAAUAAUGAAAGAAGUGUAACAACACAUCCAGUUAAUCCAAAUUUAUAUACAAUUGAAUUUACACAUGGACCAUUUACAUGGACAGUUAAAAAACGAUAUAAACAUAUACAAUAUUUACAUAAUCAAUUAAAAAUAUAUCGUGCAAGUCUUCAUAUUCCAUUUCCAACAAAAAAUCAUAGAGAACGUAGAAAUAGUUUAAAAAAUUUAGAAAAUUUACGUGAAAAUAAAAAUAAAAAAGGUGCAUUGCCAAGAUUUCCAAAUAAACCAGAUGGUCUUGUUGCAUCUGAACAUGUUGCACAUAGAAUGAAAGUACUGGAAGAUUAUUUAAAUAAUCUUUUAAAAAUAGCAAUAUAUAAACAUCAUUCAGAGACAAUAAGUUUUCUUGAAUUAUCAUAUUUGUCAUUUAUAAAUGAUCUUGGUGACAAAGGAAAAGAAGGAUUAAUUAUGAAACGUACUGGUUCAAGUUCAAAACAUGGUUGUAAUUUUUGUGGUUUAAUUGAAGGAAUGUGUUGUAUUCGUUGUAGUUAUUUUUGUACAUCAUUUUGUGGUAGUUGGCAUACAAGACAUCUUGUUGUUAAAGAUACAUUUAUUGCAUAUAUUAAUCCAAAAAAUGGACAAAUUAAAUCAGUUAUAUUAAUGGAUAAUGGAUUUGAAGUUAGCUCUGGUAUUUAUUCAACUGGGCUGAGAAAUGGUUUACAAAUAACAAAUUCAAGUAGACAUAUUGUCAUUAAAUGUUGGACAAGAAGAAAAGCCAAAGAGUGGCUUGAAUUUAUUCAAAAUAUUGCCAUCACUAGAGGUAAAUAUUUUAUUCAAUCAAAUCCACAUGGUUCAUUUGCUCCAUAUCGUUCAUCAACAUCAGCAAGUUGGUUUGUUGAUGGUGCUAAUUAUAUGUCAGCAGUUGCUGAUGUUCUUGAAGCAGCUAAAGAAGAAAUAUUUAUUGCUGAUUGGUGGUUAUCACCAGAAAUAUAUAUGAAACGUCCAAUAAUAAAUGGUGAUUAUUGGCGUCUUGAUAAAAUACUUUUACGUAAAGCACAAGAAGGUGUUAAAGUAUUUAUUAUGAUAUAUAAAGAAGUUGAACUUGCACUUGGUAUUAAUUCAUUUUAUAGUAAACAAAAAUUAGUUGAAAAAUGUCCAGAAAAUAUAAAAGUAUUGAGACAUCCAGAUCAUGCAAGAGUUGGAAUAUUUUUAUGGGCUCAUCAUGAAAAAAUUGUUGUUAUUGAUCAAUCAAUUGCAUUUAUUGGUGGUAUUGAUCUUUGUUAUGGUCGUUGGGAUACAAAUGAACAUCGUUUAACUGAUUUAGGAUCUGUUCAUCAAUCAAGUAUAUAUAUUCCAACAAGAGGUAAAGUAACAACAUCAAGUAGUAAAAAAGGUGGUAAAAAAUUAGUUGAUAAAAAUGUUUUUUUACCACUUGCUAUUGCAACAAAUACAAUUGCAAUGGCAACAACAAAAUGUAUACCUGUAUUACCACUUCCAAAAAUUAAAUCAACAAUUAAUUCAACACCAGUUAAAAAAAUUAUAUUACAACAACAACAACAAGAUGAACAAUUUGAACAAUAUGAACAACCACAACAAUCAUUUCAACAUCAACAACAACAACAGCAGCAACAACAAAAUCAACAACAAGUAUCAAUACAACAAUCAACAAGUUGUGGCUAUGAUAAUCCUAGAUUUUUAUCACCAUCAUCAUCAUCACAAGAGAUUGAACAUUUAAAAUGUAAUACACCAGAUCCACAAAAAAAAAAUAUAUUUGACAUGGCAAGAACAACAGUUGAUAAAGUUAAACAAAAUGUUAAAAUAAAAAGACAAGAAUUUAUAAAUAUGGUUUAUAGUAAUAAUGAAAUAAGUAGUAGUGAUGAUGAAGAUGAAAUUGAUAAUGCAGGAUAUAAUAAUCGUAAUAAUUUUAAUAUAACAGAACCAAUUGAUGUUGAAGAAGUAUUAAAAAAUAAUGCUGAUAUAUUAUCUGGUUUACCUGGUGCUGCAAAAUUAUGGCUUGGUAAAGAUUAUACAAAUUUUGUUGUUAAAGAUUUUUAUAAAUUAGAACAACCAUAUCAAGAUUUAGUUGAUAGAUCAACAACACCAAGAAUGCCAUGGCAUGAUAUGGGAAUUGUUGUACAAGGUUCAUCAGCUCGUGAUAUUGCUCGACAUUUUAUACAACGUUGGAAUGCAAUUAAAGUUGAAAAAGCUAAAUUACAUAUGAGUUAUCCAUUUUUAUUACCAAAAUGUUAUAAUAAUAAUUUUACAAAUUUUAUGGAUAAAAUUUUUUUAAAUGAAAAAUUUUAUAAUGUUAAAUGUCAAAUAUUGAGAUCAAUAAGUUCAUGGUCUGCUGGUUUAUUAGAAUCUGAUGUUAUUGAAGAAAGUAUACAUCAAGCAUAUAUUGAUGCAAUAACAAAUUCGGAAAAAUAUAUUUAUAUUGAAAAUCAAUUUUUUAUAACACUAGCAACAAUGGAACGUCAUCCAGUUAAAAAUAGAAUUGGUGAAACAUUAUUAAAACGUAUAUUACGUGCACAUCGUGAAGGUUCAGUAUUUCGUGUAUUUAUUAUAAUGCCAUUAUUACCUGGUUUUGAGGGUGAAAUUGGUGGACCAACUGGUACAACAUUACAUGCAAUAACACACUGGAAUUAUGCAUCAAUAUCACGUGGUAAAGAUGCAAUUAUAAAUCGUUUAAUUGAAUCUGGUAUUAAAAAUCCAAGUGAUUAUAUAACAUUUCAUGGAUUACGUACACAUGAUAUGUUAAAUGGUACACUAGUUACUGAACUUAUUUAUGUACAUAGUAAAUUAAUGAUUAUUGAUGAUAAAACAAUUAUUUGUGGUUCAGCAAAUAUUAAUGAUAGAAGUAUGAUUGCAACAAGAGAUUCAGAAAUUGGUAUUAUUAUACAUGAUUUAGAAUUUGAUGAUGGUAAAAUGAAUUUAAAUAAUUAUCCAAGUGGUAAAUUUGCUGGUUCAUUAAGACGACAAUUAUUUCGUGAACAUCUUGGUUUAAUAUGGAGUAAAGAAAAAAUUGAUAUACAAGAUCCAAUUAAAAAAACAUUUUAUGAAGAUAUUUGGCGUAAAAGAAGUCAAAAAAAUACACAAAUAUUUGAAGAUAUAUUUCAAUGUAUACCAUCUGAUAAAGUUAAAAGUUUUGCUGAACUAAAAAUAUAUCAAAAAAAACCUGGUUUAGGAAUAACUGAUCCAGAUGCAGCCAAGGAAAUGUUGACUGGUUUGAGAGGACAAAUUGUUGAUAUGCCUUUAGAAUUUUUAAAAGAUGAAACACUGACACCUGCAGUCAGUACUGUUGAAGGAAUAUUGCCAACGUCAUUGUGGACAUGAUGACUUAAAUUACAUAAUUAUUAAUAAUUAACAUUCCUUCAAAUGAUUGCAGGCAAUGCUCAGAAGUUUAUUUUUAUAACUUGCUAUUUUUUAAAAGCAUUUGUGAUGUAAAUUAAUGAA